GGUCAUGUUGGAUAGUGGCUGUGGCUUACAGAAGCUGACAUGAUGCAGGCAGAACAGUAGAGAACUGCCACCUGACUGCUGGACAUUGAAUGCUGUUUCAUCAUUAAACCAAGCUCCGGAAGAGGAAGACAAAACCCGAUAACAGGAUCCCUGGAUGCCCGCCGGUGCCCUCGCCCUGGCCGCACAAGCAGACCCAAUGGCCAUCAGCUGACCCCUCCCCCCAGGAUGACGGUGAGAGACCGGCUUCGGCAGAACAUCUCGGCCGCCUUUUACCGGCACGGCCUGCUAUGUGCCUCCUACCCGGUGCCCAUCAUUCUCUUCACCUCUGCCAGCAUUCUCACCUGCUGUUACCCUCUGCUGAAACUGCCCCUGCCUGGAACAGGACCGGUGGAGUUCACCACCGGAGUACGAGAUUACUCUGUCCCGUCCCAUGAGCCUCAGGGUGACCUGUCGGAGCGCCCUGAUUGGUAUCGGGGUCCUCCGGUGGCGUACAUCCAGCAGGUGUUGGUCAAGGCAGCCGUCUCACCAUGGGACAACAGUCUGGUUCCUGUGGACGUCUUCCGCUCUCCCCUUGGUCGUGUUUUCAGUCUUUUGGAAGAGAUUAGAAACCAUGUUUACUCUGACAGAAGUUUGGAGGCGCUGUGCUUGCAGGUGACAGACCUGUUGCCGGGGUUACGGCGCAUGCAGGCGGUCCUUCCAGAGCACGGCUGCCUGCUGGUAUCCCCUGGCAACUAUUGGCAGAAUCGGCGCGACUUGUUUGAUUCAGAUCCAGACCUCCAAAAGACAGUUCACCAGCACGAACCCAAAGGCCUUCACACGUCAGCCACCCUGAGAGACUUACUCUUUGGUGUCCCAGGAAAGCAGACGGGUGUGAGUCUGUACAGUAGGAAGCGAGUGGUCACAUACACAAUCACGAUUGCACUAAGCACUUAUGACGCAAGGUUUGUAGCCAGCCUCAGAGUGCGUCUGAAACAGCUUCAUCCUUCAGCAAACUGCAGCCUGCGUGAAGAUCACAUGGUACACGUCCAUUUCAAAGAAGAGAUCGGCAUCGCUGAGCUCAUCCCUCUAGUUACCACUUACAUCAUCCUCUUCGCUUAUAUCUACUUUUCCACGCGAAAGAUUGAUAUGGUGAAGUCCAAAUGGGGCUUGGCACUAGCUGCCGUGGUCACUGUUCUCAGCUCUUUGCUAAUGUCCGUGGGACUCUGCACCUUAUUUGGCUUGACGCCUACGCUCAAUGGAGGUGAGAUCUUUCCGUAUCUAGUGGUGGUCAUCGGUUUGGAGAAUGUCCUGGUUCUCACGAAGUCUGUUGUGUCAACUCCUGUUGACCUUGAAGUCAAGCUGCGCAUUGCUCAAGGUCUAAGCAAUGAGAGCUGGUCCAUCAUGAAGAAUAUGGCUACUGAACUAGGCAUCAUCGUCAUUGGAUACUUUACAUUAGUACCAGCAAUUCAGGAGUUCUGUCUGUUCGCUGUGGUUGGUCUGGUUUCUGAUUUCUUCCUUCAGAUGUUUUUCUUCACCACCGUGCUGUCUAUUGACAUCCGCCGGAUGGAGUUAGCAGAUCUGAACCGGCGACUCCCGGCUGAAGCUGGAAUGCCUCCGCCUAAACCAGGCCCUUUACGUCCACGAGAGACUCCCCCACCACCCCGGCCCUCACCCCAUACAAUCACCCUUCAGGCUCCAGCCUUCCGUAACCUCCGUCUGCCUAAAAGGCUCCGGGUGGUGUACUUCUUAGCCCGUACUCGCCUGGCACAGAGAAUCAUCAUGGUGGGCACUGUAAUCUGGAUUGGGAUCCUGGUUUACACCGACCCUGCUGGUUUGAGUACAUUUCUUGCUGCUCAGGUGUCAGAACAAAGUCCUCUUGGGGAGGCGGGGCUUUCUCCUCACCUGGACGUAAUACCUCCGGUAUUUCCCGGUGGAGAUCCAACCAGCACUCUGAGCGUGCUCCCUGCCCCUGAGCCCACCCCAAUACCUGAGAACCAAUCCCAGGGUCACCGCCCUUCCAGUCCGGGAGCUCCCCCUGUGUCAAGUCCCCAGAUCACAUGGGGCCCUGAUGACGAGGAGCUGUGGAGGCGACUUUCUUUCCGGCACUGGCCGUCUCUCUUUAGCUAUUACAAUAUCACUCUUGCUAAGAGGUAUAUCAGCAUUCUGCCAGUCAUCCCUGUUACACUGCAUCUCAGCCAACAAGAGGCCAUAGACACUCGCCAUCCUCAAGAUACACAUCACGCUCCUCCCCCCAGCAUCAAGACCACUGAUCUGCAAACAGACCUCACGCUUUACAAGGUGGCGGCUCUUGGACUUUUUGCUGGCGUGGUGUUGGUCCUUCUGCUUUUCUGUCUGUAUCGAGUGCUCUGUCCUCGAAACUACGGGCAGAACGGGGUGUCCCACGGCCGGCGUCGCCGUGGGGAUCUGCCCUGCGAUGAAUACGGUUACUCCCCGCCGAUCAGUGAAAUCUCUCCUUUGCUGCUGAGAGGUCACAGCAUGGAUAUUGAGUGUCUGGCCAGUGAUGGCAUGCUGCUGGCCAGCUGUUGUCUGGCGGGACAGAUCCGUGUGUGGGACGCGCAGACGGGAGACUGUCUUACUGUUAUCCCUGACAAAGGUCUGCGCAGGAGUAGCAGCAGUGGUUGCUGGGAACAUCGAGAUGGCUGGGAACACAUAAACGCUUGUGAGCCUGAUGGCCUCCUGGGGGCGGAUUUCCGGGAGGUAGGGGGUGGGACGAUGGGAGGUUCAGAUGUAGAUAUUUUCCCAAUAAGGAGGAGGAUCACUCCCGCACGCCCUGCGCUUUUUGGGGACCAGCCAGACCUUACCCCGCUAAUUGACACCAACUUCAUGAACUUGCCCCCUUCUCAGACCGCGAGCAGCUCCGCCUUUGACUUCGGAGGAUUGGUGGAGAAGGCGUACCAAGAGCACGAGACCUUGCCCCCACUGGUCUUUCCCCCUUCUCCUCCACCGUCACAACAAAGGCGACGUAGCCUGGGGGACCAGCCUGUCCCGCCACCAGAUCUUUCCCCGCAGAGCAGUGUUGACUGGGACAGCUCGGUUUGGGCCAUGGAGCUGAGGGGUAACCUUAUUGCCACGGGUCGGAGCAGCGGCAAACUUGAGCUGUGGGAUGCAGUAGAGGGAACAUUAAGAUGCUGUAAUGAAGAUGGUGUAUCGGGUAUCAGUGCAUUAGCUUUUCUUAACAACAGAAUUGUGGCAGCCCGUUUGAAUGGCUCUUUGGAUUUCUUCACCGUGGAGAUCAACAAACCUCUUGGCUUGCUGCAGUAUCGGGGUCCACCAGGCCGGGGGAGUCUUCCACCCUCGCCCUGUUAUAGCAGUGAAGAUGUGAUCAGCUGUCAGCUGACGCGCUCGGUGCAGUGUGCCCACCAGAAACCCAUCACUGUGCUCAAAGCUGCUGCGGGGAGGGUGGUCACCGGCAGCCAGGACCAUACAGUCAGGGUGUACCGUUUAGAGGACUCUUGCUGUUUGUUUACCCUGCAGGGUCACUCGGGUGGCAUUACUGCCAUCUACAUAGACCAGACAAUGGUUUUAGCUAGCGGGGGCCAAGACGGAGCGAUCUGCGUUUGGGAUGUCUUAACGGGCAGUCGCGUGAGCCAUGUCUAUGGUCACCGCGGUGAUGUCACCUCGCUGGUUUGCACGACUUCCUGCAUCAUAAGCAGUGGUUUGGAUGACCUCAUUUGCAUUUGGGACCGUAGCACAGGCAUAAAGCUGUACUCUAUACAACAGGAGGUGGGAUGCGGGGCCAGUCUAGGGGUGAUCUCCGAAAGCUUACUUGUGACGGGAGGUCAAGGAUGUGUGUCGUUCUGGGACCUGAAUUACGGGGACCUUCUGCAGACCGUGUACUUGGGCCAGAGCAGCGAGGGCCAGAGCGUAAGGCAGCUCUUGGUUCUGGACAAUGCCGCUAUAGUCUGCGACUUCGGUAGUGAGCUCAGUCUGGUCUACGUACCCUCUGUUCUGGAGAAGCUGGAUUGAAAUACACACCUGCCCGAAAACCUCUUGGCCGGUGGAACAGCACUCAUCCUUUAACUUGCAUCGCAGGAGGUUCAUUGUAGACAUUUUUGAUGUUGUCUUACCACUGGCCUUCAAGGAGGGAGGAGUUACUGUUAGGUCUUGAUCUGUUCUUCUGGAGCAUUCUGGACCUAUAGGUAGUACACGACUCCAUCGUACAGUACUGUCUGUAAAAUUUCAUUUUACAUGAAGGUAGCAUUACAGCUGCUGACCGUGAGAGGUGACUCACUUGGCCUGCCUUAAGAUGUCCAUUUGUGUGCGUGCGUGUGUGUGUUUGUAGGUUGAAUGAAGAGGAGGAAAGAGAACAAAAGGACAAGGCUUUUUUUCUUAGUGAAAGAAUAUGAGUUUGUCUUGGUGUUCGUUUAAAGGAGUUUAAUGGUUUUGUGAGUGUGGUUGUGUGUGUGAUGUCAGAGAUGCUUUGUCAAAUAGCAGAUGUUUGGAGUGGGAGGUUGUCAGUUUUAAUGUUGAAAUCAAUUAUUUAUUAGUAAAAAAUUCUAACAGUUUGUAUGAAACUUGGCUGAUAGAUAAGCUAAAAUGGAUAUAUUAAGUUUUAAUAUGCAAGUAAACCUGACUAAUUUAAACCUUAAUAUUAUAGUCAGCAGCUGUAAAAACAUGUCAACCUGUUUUCCGGGAGUAUUUUUGUAUUUCAGCCAUCAGUACAAAUGUCUCCGACUCAAUUAAAUCUUAAUGCAACAAAUUAUGUUGAAUAUUAACACCCUUAAUGGAUAAAUGGGAGAAAGGGCUGCCUUUUAAAGUUUAUUAUUUUUACGGUCUUGAAUUUUCUGUUUGUUUUAGAACUAUGAGCAGUUUACAGGCGUCACUGAGAUUAUGUUGAGCUUUAGUUGUUACUGUAUGUUUUGAAAUGAUAAAAUGCUAGUCAAUCAAAUCAAGCCCUGAGGAUCCCAUUGAAAUACACACAUUUGGUCCGGGCUAUGUUUAAUAUAGCCAUAAUAACCAAUUUGUAUAACUUUAUUUGCCUGAUGUGCUGAGACGCAACAAAUCCAGACGUUUGUCCUGAAAAGAACUGAAAUUCGAUUAAAUAUUAAAGCACACCUAGAUAAUACAAAACACUUGUAAAGAUUGUUGGAUUGUUUAUUUUACUCGAGAGUGAUGUAUACGUGUGCAUUCCAUUGAAAUGUUUAAAAAUUUGGGCUUAAGGGGUUGUAAAAGUGGACUAUACCAGAACGUCCCUUUAAAUGUAAUUGUCUUUGGGUGGUUGGUAUUGCACCUUAAAAUGAAUUAUAACAUGAUGCUUUAAUUAACGGUUUAUGGAUUACUGUUUUAAUAAAUCGGGUUAUAUUUAUAUCCCCGUAUAUAAAGGUACUAUAGUGCUGGAGGACUGGAUACUGCAAUUUGGGCCAAGAUUUUUUUAAUCAGGAUUUUUGAUCGAUUUGGACAACCAACAAAAAGAUUUCACAGCUGUAACUGAACAGAAAUCAUGUGCAUUUCUAUUAAUAAGUCUGAUAAUAAAUGUUGUAAGUCCUUUUUUAUUCAUGUUUUAGCAAUGUAUUAUUAAAUGAUAAGAGGUCUGGUGCUUUAUUAGUACCCCUUUAAACUGAAUUCUUCAAACCAUGUGCUAGCUUAGACAAAUGUUUUUAAAUAUGUUUUGUUUUUUAACACCCCUCAUCUCUCUCAAUUGAUUUGGGAUUACUGUGUACAUGGCUGAACUUUACCGUCCAAUUAUCAAAAACAAAAUAUGUAUAAUGAGACCAGUUGGUAAGACCGCUCUAAUCAUAUUGAAAACAGGAAUAGCAAAAAUCUAAAAUUGUUAAGUGAAAAUGUUUUUCCUCUUAUCACAAGCACCAUAUAAAACACACAUGGAUAGCCCAAGAAUACUAUUUAUGUGACAUUUUUAGCAUCUUGCUUUAGUGCAUCAGAAACCCUGUGCUUACAGAGAACUGCUUGAAGAUUUAUAAUUAUUUUCAAGACAAACAUAAUUUCCUUGUAGGGUUGCUGUCACAUACAUUGGCAGCCAUUAUAUUGGGAGGAGUGAUAAAUUGUAUUAAAUUUACUGCUGUCUCGCCCUUCCCCUAAACUGAUGUGAUGUGUGCAGUGUUGAUGUAGAACACUGCUCUCGUCUCGCUGUAUCUUAAGAUGACUGCUGCUGAUGUAGGGAUGUUUUGUGUGAUGAAAUGCCUGAAUGUUGCACUGUUUUUUCAGAUAGGGAGGGGGCAGAGAGAUUUUGGGUGUAAAUAUUGUUCCAUGACCUUUUUGGGCCUGCUCUGCCCUCUUUGUUCGAAUACACUACACUGUGUAACCAGACUGGAGGAUAUAACUAAUGCUCUGUUCUAUUUUUAACACCGGAAAAAAAACUUUGUACUAAUUUGCAAAUAAAAUGCUUUAAUACCUUG